UAUAAACGACCUUGACAAAGUAGGAAUACAUUCAGUUCUAUGCGUUGCAGUGAUUAAAAUGGGCGAGAAGUCUGUGAAGAAAUUUCAUGGUGUCAAGAGAAAGUUGAGUGAUACCAGCAAACCGAAAGUUUCCACCAAAAAGCCCAAGUUAUUACCGUCCAUUAGAUUAUCUGACCAACCACCUGCACGUAAGACACAAUGGACAAACAGAGAGCGUGUCCUCAUCAUUUCGUCUAGGGGUGUUUCCUACGUGGGCCGACAUUUAAUGAAAGAUUUAUUACGGAUGAUGCCCCAUGGAAAGACCGACUCAAAACUUGACCACAAGAAAGGAAUAACGGUACUGAAUGAACUAGCUGAGAUGAGCAACACUAAUAAGAUCAUUUAUUUCGAGGCCCGCAAGAAAAAGGACCUAUAUCUAUGGCUUAGCUGUGUACCCAAUGGUCCAUCAGUUAAAUUUCUUGUUGAAAAUAUUCGCACUACCGCAGAAUUAAAAUUAACAGGAAAUUGUUUAAAAAGCAGUCGGCCUGUGCUUGCUUUCGACUCAUCCUUUGAAGAAUCCGACAAACCCCAUAUAAAUUUGAUUCGUGAAUUGUUUAUACAAACUCUUGGUACUCCAAAUCAUCAUCCACGAUCACAGCCAUACAUUGACAAGACAUUUACAUUUGUUAACUUUAAUGAUCGUAUAUGGUUUAGAGUUUAUCAAAUUGCUGAGGAAAGUGGAGCACUGGUCGAAGUUGGCCCACGCUUUUCACUAAACCCAAUACGUAUAUUUUCUGGAAGCUUUUGUGGCGCAGUACUGUAUUCUAAUCCGAAAUAUAUUUCUCCUAACCUAAUUCGAAGUACUCUAUUGUCUAAUAAACAAAGCAAAUACAUUGAACGUACAUAUAAUAAAACAGAAACACGAAAACGUAAAAAAGAAUUGAAAGAUAUUUAUGCAGUUGAUGAAUUAGAUGAAAUAUUUGAAUAAAUAUAUUAUUCAUAUUAUUUUAUUUGUAAAACAAAAAUGAUCUUGCUUUGUAUUCAAUGUUUCUAACAUUCUUGCAUGAUUUUACUGGUUAUAAGGGUAAUUGAUACACAAUUUAAGUAUGUACAUUAUUCUUCAUUAUUCAUUCAACACUCAGUUAUUGGGUUAACGCAUCAAACUAAUUUAAUGAGAUAAGGAUUUAUGGAUGUAAUCGACAUUCAAG